CUAUCCUUCUCCUCUCUUGAACCACAAUACAUAGAAAAGCUUCAAGAUCAGACAUGGCUUUCCACCUAAGAUCGAUAAGUUUACCUUCUAGGCCUCAGGCCAGUGAGACCGAAGUUGAGAAAGAGCUGCUCAGCGUAGAGGCAAGCAUCUCUUCCUCCACCACCAUCAGCACGAUGUGUGAUGGUCUGAGGAGGCUUGGAGACAUCUACACUGUUGUUGAAGAGAUUGUUUGCUUGCCAAGCUCCUCUCAGCAGAGGAAGAUGUUGGACGGAGAGAUGGAAUGCUCUCUUGAGCUGUUGGAUCUCUGCAGCACCAUGCAAGAGAUCUUCGUCGAGAUGAAGGCCAUCAUCCAAGAGCUGCAAGUGGCUCUAAGAAAAGGAAAUGAUGCAGCUGCUCAAGCCAAGAUCCAGUCCUAUACUCGCUUGGUGAAGAAGGCCAAGAAACAUUUCAAGAAGACUGCGAAGAAGAAUACUUCUGCAGAUUGCAGAAUGGUCAUGCUGUUGACCAAGGCCAGAGAGAUCUCUGUCUCUCUGCUGGAGUCCACAGUCCAGCUCUUGUCAAAGAAAAUCGAGAUUCCUAAACAGUCUCUUAUUUCCAAGGCAUUUCACAACAAGAAGGCAGUUGUUUGCGAGGAGGAGCAAUUGCAGGAGUUAGAGUGCAGCAUCGGAGGUCUUGAGAAUGGAGCAGGACACCUGUUCAGGAAAUUAGUCCAGAGCAGAGUUUCUCUCCUCAACAUUCUUAGCUCAUAGAUACUCCAUGUCACUCUUGGCGCCCUGUGAUUGGCAUCCGCCUUUUUGAGGAUUAGCUGAUCUUGGCACAAUUUUCCCAUAUGUAUACAGUACAAAUGUACAGAAAAUUAUAGAAGGAAAAACUAAAGUUUUGAUCCAUUUCAUGCUUGAA